AUCCAACUUGACACAAAGUUUCCAAGAAACUAGCACCAAAAACUGAUUAAUUAGGCCAUUAAUAAAGAAUGUAAUUAAUAAUUCAAUUAACCAUUAGAAAAUAAUUUUUCAAUUUCACAAGGAAAUCUGUUCUUCAACCAUGAUAUGAUGUACUCUAUAAGAGUCACUGCUUAGUGCUGCAGUAGUAAGAUACAUAGUAUUAGAAAUGAGUUCUUCUACUCUCCUGUAUGUUUUCCUCUGUAUUUUCUUUGUUCAAUUUCAUCACACUCUUCAAUCAACAUCGCCCAUUUUGUUUAAUUUUGGAGAUUCGAACUCGGAUACCGGUGGAUACGUCCCUGCCUCCGGUGUCUAUAUCGGUUUGCCCCAUGGUAACACAUUCUUCCACAAGGGUACCGGCCGGUUUGGUGAUGGACGCCUAAUUAUCGAUUUCCUUUGCAAAAGUUUGAAGCUGAAGUUUCUAAGCCCAUUUCUGGAGUCAUUGGCACCAGAUUUCAGAGGUGGCGCGAAUUUCGCCAUCUCCGGUUCAAAAACCAUCAUUGAACUAUACUCCCCCUUCUCACUGGACGUACAAGUUAAACAGUUCUACCACUUCCAACUCCGUUCACUCCAACUCCUCUCAGAAGGUCACAAAGAUAUGAUCAACGAAAGUGGGUUCAGCAGAGCGCUUUACAUGAUUGACAUCGGACAAAAUGAUCUUCUAGGUGCCCUGUAUCUAUCAAACUUAACUGCACCACCAGUAAUCAAAAAGAUUCCAGCGAUGCUUGCAGAAAUCAAAUUAGCUGUUCAGAAUCUUUAUAAAUUUGGUGCCAAGAAGUUCUGGAUACACAACACCGGGCCACUUGGUUGUGUCCCGAGAGAGCUUGAUCGUCAUCCUCAUAACAACACGGAUCUUGAUCGAAUUGGAUGUUAUAAGGUUCACAAUGUUGUGUCGAUAGCUUUUAAUAAAGGAUUGAAGGCUCUUUGUGAAGAAUUGAGGUUAACAUUUAUAGAUGCAACCGUUGUCUAUGUUGACAUAUACUCCAUCAAAUACGACCUUUUUGCCAACUAUAAAAGAUAUGGUUUUAUCAAACCGCAUAAGGCUUGUUGUGGGUAUGGGGGUGAACCGAACAAUUACAACGUGAAGGCAACAUGUGGUCAACCUGGCUACACGAUUUGUGACAAUGUGACACAAUCCAUAAUUUGGGAUGGACUUCACUACAGCGACGCCGCUAACCAUGUAGUUGCUUCACAAAUCCUUUCCACAAAAUAUUCCACACCACCUAUAACCUUGGAUUCUUUUUGGAAAUCUUGAUUCUCUUUAAUUUUAUCAGCUGUACUAGGUGAGAGUAGUGAAUGUUUUCUUUUGUGGCAAUCGUGGGUGUAAACAUGCAUAUUAAGGCAACUACGUAUUGGCGUCAUCUUGGCACUUGGUCUUUUUAAAGUUACUUUAAGCUUUCUUUCCUUUGUAAGGGCAAUAUUGAAGUUUCCCUCAAAGUUUUCAAUGUGCAUGAUUUCUCCUUACAAUA